AUGUACAACUGGAAUAAAGAUGGUGUCCAAAUAUCCUCCUACACUGAGAGCAGGACAUAUUCAUUCACUCCUGUAGAGUCUCUCAGCGCUAAAUACACCUGCAGCGGACGGAGAAGAAGCGACUCUCAGACCUCAGAGACCAGCAACACUGUUACACUCACUGUGUCAGAUCGAGUCCAAGUAGCUGAAGACACCAACACACUCCAUGAUACAGUCUCUAAUGCAGGAGGAACAGUGUAUCAGUGUAAAGCACGCAGAGGAAACUACGACUCAGAGCUCAGUGAUCCAGUUACAGUUACAGUUAGAGAUCUGAAUUAUAAUGUGUGUGUUUCAGGUGAAUCUCCUCCAGUGUCUCUGAUCAUCAAUCCCAGCAGAACUCAACACUUUACUGCUGACUCUCUCUCACUGAGCUGUGAGGACCAGAGUGACUCUACUGGAUGGACAGUGAGAGGAUACACACACACUGAGGCAGUGUCUGAUUGUUCAUCAGUUUCAGGAUCUACAUGUAACAUCAGCUCCCUCUCUCCAUCACACACUGGAGUUUACUGGUGUCAGUCUGAAUCUGGAGGACGCAGUAAUCCUGUCAACAUCACAGUGCACCAUGGUCAUGUGAUCCUGGACAGUCCUGUCCAUCCUGUGACUGAGGGACAUCCUCUGACCUUACAUUGUUUAUCUCGCAACUCAAAUACCUCAGCUUCUGGUGUUGAUUUCUAUAAAGAUGGUUCAGUCCUGCAGAACAAGACUACAGGAGAGAUGACCAUCAGUACUGUCUCAAAGUCAGAUGAAGGUUUCUACCACUGUAAACACCCCGAGAGAGGAGAGUCACCCAAAAGCUGGGUUUCAGUCAGAGGUGAGAAACCUUGAGAGAAUUUCUUUUUAUUUGAUUCUCUUUUUAUUAACAAAGUUUAUAUGCACAGUGUUUUCAGUCAGCUUUCAAAGUAUUUGAUUCCCUUUGUAACAAUAACAUUUAAUGUCUGAAUCUGGAGGACGCAGUAAUCCUGUCAACAUCACAGUGCACCGUGAGUCUUCAAUGUUCUCAUCAGUAAUAGAUGUACAAUAUACAGGAAUAAAGAUAACACUUUUAUAAUCUACUGAAUUGGUGAAAAUAAAUUAUAAUAUUGUUAUAAAGAAACUGAGUGCAUUGUGUAGGGUGACGCAGAUUUGAUGUUUAUAUUCAGUCGAUUCUAACAAAAGACCAACAGAUAGCGCUGUGUUCAGGGCUGCAGAGAUCUGAGACACAGAGGUUUAUACACACAUCUGCACACAAAGAUCAGACUCAGAGGAGAAAAAAGAGGAAAAAAGAAUACAGAAAGAUGAGACUUUUUGGAUGUCAGUAUCACCUUUAUCACUAGCAUAAAGGCAAAUAUAACUGCCCUAAUGUUCAAUUAAAUGUAUGUGGUUAAAGAAACAUCUUAAGUUACAGACAACUUUUCAGACUCAUAUCUUCACAUGAAACUUAAAUGUAUGAUCUGUAAAUGUAUGCUUUAUAUAUGGUUAAUUAUAAUUUAUUAUUGUGAUGAUUAUAUAAUUUUAUUAUCCAUGGUAUAUUUCCCUCCUGUUCUAUCAGAUGGAAAAGCUCCACUGUCGGUACUGAAGCUCCUCAGCAGUGCAGUAGCGGCCUCUCCGUAUGUGCUGGUGACCAUCAUUCUGGCAGUGAAAUGUUACAGAGCUCGAACUGACCCUGAUGAGGACAACAGACCGUACAGAGUGAUAGAAGCUGAAGCGUCUGUCUGAGUCUCAGGGAACAGACGUGAGAAAUGCGACGUGACAAAAGAAAGAACGACUCGGAUCGGGAGGUGAGGUGAACUAACAGACUGUAUAGCCUGAAGACCUAAUGCUAAGCUAUUAAUUAAUCAUUUCUCUUUCUCAUAAUUUGGCCUUGGCUGCAAUAGCCUAUACUUUAUUUUUAUUCCAAAUGUGAUCAACGUUUGCAUAAGUACUAGAUGUGUUGGUGAAUUUAACAUGUAACAUUUUAAUAAUAUUCUGCUGAAAUGAAAGAAAUGACUUGAAAAAAGAUUUGUUCAUUUUGCUGAACGAGAUUCAAAGAUCCGAGUCAGUAAAAUGGUCCGAACUUCCCAUCACUACUGCUCACUGCAGAGCCAAAUAGAUGGAGCUGGACGUCUAGCUCCACCUCUCUUGAUCUAGUCUAGUAAUCUAUGGAUCUAGUCUAGUUCCACCUCUAUGGAUGUAGUCUAGUUCCACCUCUAUGGCUCAUUUCGCCAUCUACUGGCUGUUAACGUUAAUGCAAGCCCUUCAUUAGAUCAAACUUACCUAAAGGGGAUAAAAUGUUGAUUGUUAAUGCACGAAGGUUAGGUCAAAGUAAUCAUGAGACUUGCAUGGAACUGGAGAUGCUGGCAUAGCUAAUAUUGCCUUAUCUUUCUUUAACAUUUUUCAUGAUUUCAUGAUUUUUCUGCACUGUUUCUGUGACAAACUGCAUGACUAGACUACCUUCUUCCCCCCCUUCCCCCCACCCCCCACCCCCCAACGUAUUAAGGCUAUGUAGGCUAUUUGUGAAUUUUCUCAGUCAUGUGAUUCAUUAAUGUAAUAAAGUGUGCUCCUAAUAUGCUGUUUGCUUUUAAACAUGGGAACUGAGUUACCCUUGCAGGUGUGAUAAAAAAUAA